GGACGCGCCUUCGAGGCACCUGGACCAGCGUUCCGAGGCAUCCCCAGCAGCAGCAGCAGCAGCCCGACUCUCCGCUCCGCCGGCCCCUCUCGUGGCCCGAUCCCCCUCCGGGGGGCGCCGACCGCAGCCUCAGGAUGCCCGAGUUCCCGGCCAAAGUCAGUACCCGGACCAGCACCCCCGCCGGGGCUCAGGGCGGUGGGCUGCUGCGCUCCUCCUCGGUGGACCUCGACUUCCUCCGCUCCCUCUUCGGGGUCCUGAUGAUCGUGGAAAUCGUGCUGGGAUGCCUGGUGUGGGCCCUCAUUGCAGAUACAUAUUACCAACCGUACCCUUCCUACGGGUGGGUCAUGUUUGUCGCCAUCUUCUUCUGGCUGGUGACAGUCAUCCUUUUUGGGAUGUACCUCUUCCAACUUCAGGUGAAGCUCUACAUGAUUCCUUGGCCUAUUGUGCUAGUGGUAUUCAAUGUUGCUGCGUCUGUCUUGUACGCAACAGCUUUCAUCACAAGCGCUGCUUCUGUUGAGCCGUACUCCUGGCCGCACUCACCAGACUACAACAGAAGAGCCUCUGCGUCGUUUUUUGCUUGCCUGGUGAUGAUUGGCUACGGGGUCAGUGCCUGCCUCAGCAUUCGAGCCUGGAGGGGAUAUGGGAGUAACGCAGCAACCAGCCAAGCAACCAUUUCUAAUCACGCCUGAAGACUGUGGGCCAUUUUUAAUCAACACAACUUGACUGGGUGACAGUGGCUACUGGGGCCUUUGGGUGUUUGGUGUCUUCCCUCUGCCCCUUUCCCUUCCAGACCUAGUACUCUGAACGCUAUUCCCGGUCACAGCUUUAGCAUGGCCUAUGCCAAGUAUGCUGUAUGUAUUUUUAACACCAUCUAUAGCUGGUUAAAGCACCCCACCCCCACCCCAUACUUUGCACUAAUUAGUAUCCUCAGUCUGGUCAAGGGCCAGCUCAAUCAUGGAGAUAAAGCACCUUGCAAAGCCAGCAAGAGACAACCCAAGGGCUGGUUCGUUCUCUCUCUCACACACACACGACUCGUGGCUUGCAGUGAUUCAACAUAGGUAACGCCCCAUUUAGUAACCUCAGCAUCUCAUGCCACUUUUGACCCAAUGCCUUUUGGUGGAGGAGGUUCACAUAUUUCUGCAGACUGCCCUGUACAAACAGUAAUCGAGUGGUCGAAAUUAAGUGGGAACCUGCCUUUCCGUACCUUGGCAGCAUGUGAUCUUAUUGCUAAAGGUCACUGCAUGUGGUGACCAUCCAAAGUUGCAGGGUCAGAUUUGUGCCAGCGAUUUGGCAUUCCACAAGCCUGGUGCACACAAGUAUUUGCAGUCACUUGAUGACCAGCAGCUGAAUGUGUCAGCUGACUACACUGAGCAAGCGUCAAGUUCAAAGGGACAUCAAAGUGCUCUGAAGUGGGAAGAUGGUCCACUGAGCCACACAGUCAUCAAGGGAUGGACACGCUCCUGUGAAGCAGCCCAGAGGAUGCCCAUCUCCAGGGACGGCCAAGCCAGCACGUCUCACCAAAAACUAAACCCACUAAAAAAGCACACCCAGCAGCCUCCCUUUAUACCAGCCACUUGCAGCCAUUAUGUAAAUAAUGUAUAAUUAUUAACCCAGUGUGUUCCAUAGUAGCAAGGAUGCUUCUGGUACAAGACCACAGGUAUUUUAUUAUUUCUAAAAAAAAUUGUUUUGUUUUAAAUAAAGUAAAUAAAUCUUUCACCUUUGUCAAAUGAGGGCUUUCCAGCACUGAAUUUGCUUGGAGAGGCACCUAAUUUGCUUCCUUCAGUAGUACAAGUUCACAGGGAAUGCCUCUUCCUGUCCUUACUUUUAACUUCCACACCAAGCUGUCAGUGCUCUGCAAUAGGCACCAGGGCAUCAUCCUACCGGUAACUGUUCCAUGAGUUCAGAGUUAUGAUCAUGCCCUCUUGCUUCUCCUUCCUUCACCUUACCCUUUAAGAAAAUGACAAGAGCCAUUUCCAACGUCUACUGGAAGCAAAGAAGGGAUAGGAUGACUGCACCUUUGAUAGCUGCGGAGAAAGGGGCAUUUCACCAUGGACAGCUUUGCUCUCCCCUGCAGCUACACCUACACCUACCACCAUUCCUUCUGCCUUUGUUUUUACAGUUGAGUAGCUAGGUUUUAUUUAAAAAAUGGGAGAGUAGCUGCUACUUAAAUCUCUGUCCUCCCUUCCACCCAGACAAGUCUGAGCAGUUAUCUGAAAAGUGACCAGGGGAACAGUCAAAAGGUGCAGUUACUUUGGAAUCUAAACAAAAUAUAAAUACGCACAAAACCAGGUGUGCAAUUUUGCUAAGGGUAAUUAAAUGUUACAUUAUUGGCCAUAUUUCUGCUCUAGUAAAUAGUAUUGCAUACUUGCUUCUCCCAGUGUGCCAGAUUUACACACCCAGAGAGAAUAAUCAUUUACUUGGUUGUUUAAUCAAACACAAAACAAUAUAGUCUUAGUUUGACAACAGCACACAAAUUGAUUCUUGGUAUGAAGUGAACUUCAACAGGAGGCAGGCAGAUAACACACCAAUGAAAGAAACGUCAAUAGAAGCUCUUGACGGAAGGUGUUUCUCCAGCGAUUGCACACGUUUCCUUCAGAGUCCUCCUCCAAGGAUUUCUUAGACUAUCCAAUACUGUAACGAUGACUUCUAAAAUUCCAUUCAGCCUGUACAAAAAAAUCAAUCCCAUGCACCUCAGCGGUUUUGGGCGAGAUUAGAAAAUGAAAAUUCAUUUCCUUGUGUCUCUCCUCAAAAGUAGUUCUGACAAAUUGGGCACUGAAAGACAACGUCUUUGAAAUGGCAAGAGAGAAACAAACUUCCAACUUUGAAUCUGAUCCUGUAUUCCAGUCCGUGUUACCCAUUUGCUGACCAAGACUGGAUUUUCAAAAGCAAACUGCACCAAGAAAUACUGUCAUUAAUAUUGUCAACAUGCCUUCCCGUGACUGUUUGAAAAUGCACUUCUUGCACAUUUCAAAUACCAACAGAGUAUUUGAAAUACCUUUAAAGUAUGGGGAUAAGAUUAUUCCUUGUUUACACACAUGGGACCUUGCCAAAACAAGUUACAAAAAACAUCCUUUACAAUGCAGAGUUUGCUUCUGGAUCUUGCCAAUCAAGUUUCAGAUCAGUGUACAGCAUAAACACAUUACAGAACACAACCCUGAAAGGGAAACGUAUGUAAAAGAAAACACUGUGGAAGCAAAAGUUUGCUGAUGUAAAGAUACCAUGUUACCCCCUUCUCAAUCUCCCAAGAUUUAGCUAAGCAAGUACUGUGCUGUACCGUAUGUCACCCAAAGCUGAAACAUGUAAGAUGUUUGUGAUCAGCCUCAUUACAAGAAUUACUUACCC